CAAUGCCAGCGCUCACUUCUCCUCCCCCCGUGACAGCUGAGGACAGCCGGGCUCCGAGCCUUGCGUCCAGCUGCGAGGAGGCAAACGCACCUCAGGCUUCACAGCCCCUUAGACUAUUCGGGAAUUUGCCCUGUGGUGUUGCCUCCCCCUGCCCCCAAACUGCUAGUCGUCCUGGACAGAAAAUGCACUUUCUUUCGGAAAGACCCUCGGCGCGAAAUACAGAGAUUGCAGGCCCGCCGGCACUUUGGGUGGGACCCGGGCGUGCAAAACACCUAGAAGGGGUCUUCUUGUUCUGUUUUUACCCGGAAUAGAUCCGAAUAUCGAGUAUGAAUCUUCAAGCG